AUUACAUCACCUUCUAACUGAAGUAACCUGAAAAUGUCAAAGUAUUUCACCAUAAAAACACUGAUAUACACUCUGCCAGAUCUGCUUAGUGAGCAGUUGAUCCAGAUAUUAGUUAGUCUUCUAUCUCAACUUGUUACGAUGUCCAAGUUUGUGCUGCUUGCUGUGGUUAUUGUACUACAAGUGUGCUGGACCAUGGCGGACAUUUCAGCCAAUGCAACUAUAUCUGAAAGACUUCUAGAGAGGGCCGAAGGGGCAUACACGAAACUGAAGACGAGGGUUGUGAAUGCUGGCAGUAUAGCUGUUGAAUACGCUCUAAUGUACUAUGAGGACCAGGUGAAGCCUGUGACUGACCCAUACAUUGAGUGGGCUAAAGAGACAACAAGCUCUUUUUGGGACAAAAUCAAAGAAAAAGUAUCCAGCACUGGGUCUGCUUAAAGUGACAAAAUAUCUGCAACACAACAAGAAUCAGUAAUGCCUUCUGUAUGCAUGUAUUCAGUGGUUCAUUCUGUACUGUGUGAAGUAGCCACAAACUGCAAGCACAUAGCUAAGUAAAUUAGUCAUGAGACUAUCUUGAAAUGACAUAUUUUAUUCAAAUGAAAUAUGCAUCUGUACAUCAGUUUUAAAUAUGUGCUCUAAUGUCACCAUCUUUUCAGUAUUAUGAUGGCAAAUAAAACAUUAUCUCAAUGGUA